AAUCAAGCUCACUUAUUAUCGCGAGAGCACUCUCAGAGACUUUAGUCAUUGUCCCCAAGACUUGAUAUGCAAUUCACGCAGGCAAUGACCGUGUCCACGCGAGCGAUGACUACGGGUCUUCUUGGUCCAUGUUGUCCUCUGCGUACUCCACUUGACAAAAGCCGUCUCACCUAUCACGAUGAAUAAAGUGAAGUAUGAUGUCGAGGUAUUAUUCGUGAAACCAGUCUAGGUUCAACCGUGCCCGGCGUAAUGGUCCUCAGUCCGUCCAGGCGAAAAGAGAUAAUAGUCAACCUUUCGCAUUCGAUGAGCUGAAAAGCGACCAGGUCUGUGUGUGUGUACUCUGAGGAUUUGUUGGAAAAAGUCCACAGAAGUUUCGUGUGGGAGUACACUUGUGGGCAUCAGGUAAACAGAUUUGCUUACAAUUCAAGCCCCCGGGUGUAGGCGCCGCUCCAGGAAGUGUACAUCAGCGUCCUCGUUCUCGACAGCGCAAGUUUUGGCGAAAGGGAAGGGCUCAUAGCUCGCUUGCAACACGUCGCACCACACCUUACCUCAGCUUGCAUGGCUGACACAUAAAACCAUCCGGCAUCCAUCCAUCCCUUCAUUCUCGUGCGGGCCGUCGCAUUUAACUCUGCGUGUGUUGAACACAUUUCGAUUCGCAAUUCAAAAUCGGCGACAUCCAUUCAAUCGAAAAACUGAUCUCCGAUAUGUGUACGACGCAUGCACGUGCACUGAACGAGGAAGUUCGAUGAGUGAUCAAGCGGCAGCAAGGUCGAGGCCUGGACCACGCAGCCUCACUCGUCAGGCUGAGAGAGUGAGAGCUCUGAGAAUCUAGGCUGGUCUUGAUCGAGGCCUGCAAUGUCGGGCACAGACACAAUCUCCAAGUUGUCGAAUCUGCUGCCAACAGGAACAUUUCUGGCCUUCCAGGCCGUGGCACCGCUCUUCACCAACAAUGGAGACUGUGGAUUCACCGAGAAAGUAAUGACCGGCAUCCUGCUGCUCCUCUUUGCCAUCAUCUGCUGGGUGCUCAAUUUCACAGACAGCAUCACCUUGCCGAACGGAUCCGUGCGGUACGGCAUCGUAACCAAGUCGGGGCUGUAUAAUCCUCAAUUCAAGAACUCUAACAUCGAGGGGGUGACUGGCUACUUCUACAUGGAUGACAAGUUCAUCGUCAAUGGAUUCGACUUUGUCAACGGAGUGUGCGACUUGAUUGCACUGGGAGCUCUGACUUUGCUCACCCCUCCCAUUUCCACUUGCUACUACCCCAACAUAUCCAGCACGAUUGUCAAAACCGUUCCGAUUCUCGUUGCCAUCGUUGUGGGAGGGUACUUCGCCUUCGCCCCCGCACCGAGACAUGGAAUUGGAUUCUCUGCAUCUGUUAAGAAGCCCGAGUCCACAACCGACUCCACUCUGGUAGAAAGCUCCAAGGGCGGUAACACGCAGUCACUUCUUACACCCAAGGCCGGGUCAGCGACAGGUUGGGAUCAGAAGCUCACCAUUGUGUCUUCGCCCGGUAGAGCAUCUGUCUGAUUUCACAUUUGCUUGGUGAGACUCGGCAGACUUCUACUUCUGGAUCCCCACUUCUACCUCUGGAUUCUAUAUGCCCGCCAUCUUCGUACAUCUCACCUGUUCAGGCCAUCUGAUCAUGCUCCGUGUUUCGAGGCUGAACUCAGCUGGUGAUCACGUACACCGGGCAGCCCACUUUGCAGAUAGAUAGAUAGAUAGUCUAGUGGUAGCUGGAUAUAUAUUUACUGGUGUGAGCAUCUUUAGAUAUCCGUUGACAAUGUGGCUAUUAGAGCAUGAGUGAUUGUCGAAUUAUCGAGCUUUAGCACUGCGGACGCAUUUAUGAUUGAAAGCAGAGAGCACGCUUCGACCCGCCCAUGUGAUGAGUUCAAAAAAUAUAGUCAAGCGUGCUUUUUGAUGCUCUGCCCUGUCCAGUAUCAAUCAGUGGCAUUUAAAUUACAGCAAUCGGAGGCGAAUAUUGGCCUUCGAUGAUGGCCUAGAGACCCUCGAAGCAGAAAAUUUUCCAGGGCUCGUUGUAGAUUAUGCAGAGUCUUCAUACGGAGCAGCACAACUUCGUAUAGAGGAAUUGGGGCUUGCGAGACAUUGUAGUGCAAGAAUCCAACGAGUCCUGCAUUCAGUUUUAUUCGGCAUCCUCCAACAUGUAACUUUGGUAUCAUUUUAUUCUUCAUGAACAAGAUCGAAGUGAACUCACUGUGUGAUUUCACCGUCAUGAGUCUCUAACAAACUUUACUUCAAUCGCUACUGCACCCACCAAUUGUCCAAAACCUCACUUUGUUCUAGAGUAGGCAUCAGUUCUUACAGCUAUCCCAUCCCCUCCACUGCUUUGCUCGAGAGCACCGGGUUCCAGGUUUCCAAAUUGUGACUACAACUGCUCAGCAUUAGACACAGAAAUGUGAUGUUGGGUUGAUCCUGCAGGGACCAACAUCAUUUUCACAUCACAAGACACCAUGCCUCUCCAUGUUGGUUACUAA